AUGAGGUUCUCUAGGUUUCUUCUGGCCGCUCUGGCCCCAGCAGGUCUGCUUGCAGACAGCGCUGCCAGGACAAUCUCCAUAUCUGAGCUAGAGCUCGAUGCCUACUUGGCAAAACACAAUCUGGCAUUGGUUCCUCGGUCAGAUCUUACAGAUGCUUUGACUGAGCUCAAUGGGUUGCUCAGAAAGAACAACCAACUCCAACAAGCCCGGACCAAAAAGAGGACUGUUCCUCUCUAUCCACGGCAAAAUAGCACUGGUUCCGGCUCCAGCUCCAGCUCUGGCUCUGAUACCUCAACCACUGAUGAUUUGGGAGACAUCAUUGGAGACCUUUCCGGGCUAGGGGAUUUGGGAGAUAUCCUGAGUAGUCUCACGGAGCUCAUCACGCAGUUUGGCGACAUUGCCGGUUACCUGAAGGCACUCCAGGGGCUGCUAAGCGAUGAGUUCCUGCAGGCUCUUCAUGAUGCCAUGAUCUACUUGUCGGCAACACUUCAGCCGCCAAUCCCGGAUAUCACCAGAGACAUCCUGACAAAGACACAACCGCUCAUCGACUUGCUGUCUUCGUUAGACUUGGAGGGCAUUGUGGAUGAGGUCAAGGACAUAGACUUCCCCGGUCUCAUCAAGGUGGUGCUGAGUCUCCUUACGACACAAAACCUAGCAGACAUUCAAGCCCUCUUGACCAAUGGCGCAGCACUGCUCACACCAAACUUUGUCAACGAGACGCAGGCCUUGAUCGACGGCGCAGCUCCAUUGCUCGCAUCUCUGUCAGGCAUUGACCUCAAGGGAGUGAUAGACGCCCUAUCUCCUCUCUUGACAGCCGACUCCAUUCAAGGCUUGGUCACUCUGCUAGGCAACGCAGAGGCACUCUUGACCUCGGAUACAGUAUCUGCACUGCAGACAAUUCUCACAAGCGUCCAACCACUUAUCGAUAGUUUAUCCAAGAUCGACCUUCAGGGUAUACUGGAUGCCUUGUCACCACUCCUGACUCCUGACUCCAUUCAAGGUCUGGUCGGAUUGCUAAGUAAUGCCGAGGCUCUCUUGACCUCCGACACUGUGUCAUCACUGCAAUCCAUCUUGGCAAGCGUACAGCCGCUUAUAGACAGCUUGUCCAAGAUAGACUUGCAAGGCAUUCUUGAUGCAAUUACUCCGCUACUAACACCUGAGUCGGUGGACGGCAUCGUCGGACUGCUGGCCAACGCUGAGAACCUUCUCACUUCGGACACGGUUACCUCGUUGAAACAAAUCCUUGCCAGUGUACAGCCGCUCAUCAACAGCCUAUCUCAGAUUGACCUCCAGGGCAUUCUCGACGCCUUGGCACCACUCCUAACGCCAGAUUCCGUCAACGGUAUCGUUGGCUUGCUAGGUAACGCCGAAGAUCUGCUUACUUCUGAUACGGUCACGUCGCUCAAGACAAUCCUGGCCAGUGCACAGCCCCUCAUCGAUAGUCUCGGCAAGAUUGACUUGCAAGGCAUCCUCGAUGCGCUGGAGCCGCUAUUGACCCCGGAUUCUGUGAAUGGCAUUGUCGGUCUGUUGGGCAAUGCUGAAGAUUUGCUUACAUCGGAUACGGUGUCCUCGCUCAAGACCAUUCUUGCGAGUGCCCAACCACUAAUCAACAGUCUGGGACAAAUAGACCUUCAGGGCAUCUUGGAUGCUGUGGCCCCACUAUUGACCCCAGAGUCGGUCCAGGGCAUUGUCGGGCUCCUGGAGAACGCAGAGUCAUUGCUUACGCCAGACCUGGUAUCGCAAGUGCAGUCUCUGCUCUCCAGUGCCGCACCGCUCCUCCAGAGUCUAGGCAAAUUGGAUCUUCAGGGUCUGAUUGACCAGGUUACGCCUAUACUCAAUGAGCUCAGCCAGCUCGACCUCAAGAGCCUCUUUGAUGCCAUCAGCCCGUUGCUCACGUCAGACUCCAUCAAGGGCAUUGAGGGACUCUUAACCAACGCCGAAAACCUGUUGACUUCUGAUUUCGUUGAUGAGACAAAGUCACUCAUCUCUGGCGCGGCUCCGCUGUUGGCCACGCUUGGCUCCGUCGAUCUUCAAGGCUUAUUGGAUCAGGUUGCACCUUUGCUGAAUAGCCUGAGCAAGAUUGAUUUGCAGGGACUGUUUGAUGCCAUCUCGCCACUGCUCACGACUGACUCUGUCAAUGGUAUUGUCGGUCUCCUCGGUAAUGCUGAGAAUCUUCUGUCAAGCGACUUUGUUGAUGAGACAAAGACUCUCAUUGCCGGUGCUGUACCUCUCAUCUCGGCCCUCAGCUCAAUUGACCUGGGCAGUUUGAUUGACCAGGUUUCCCCGCUUCUCAGCGCUCUGAGCAAGAUUGAUCUCGUUGGACUUGUGAACCAACUCCAGCCCAUCCUCAACGCACUGGGCAAGGUUGACUUGUCCCAACUCAUUGACCAGAUCGAGCCAAUUCUGAACUCAGUCAGCCAGAUCGACCUGGUCGGUUUGGUGAACCAGAUUACUCCACUCCUGAACUCGCUUGGAAAAGUCGACCUAUCUGCUCUAAUCGACCAGGUUGAGCCGAUAUUGAACUCACUCAGCCAGAUUGAUCUUGCUAGCCUAGUCAAGCAGGUGACUCCAAUCUUGAAUUCGCUUGGCCAGAUCGACUUGCAAGGCAUCUUUGACUCGAUUGCACCACUGCUGACCCCAUCCUCGGUUGAUGGCCUAGUCGGCCUCGUGGACAAUGCCGAAGACCUCUUGAGCAGCAAGUUUGUCAACGAGACCCAGACCAUUAUUGGCGGCGCCGUCCCCUUGAUCGCCUCCCUGAGCCAGAUUGACCUGCCCGCCCUCAUCAAGCAGGUCACGCCGCUCCUCAAUGCCCUGAGCGAAGUCGACCUGAGCGGCCUCGUGAGCGCCGUGAAGCCGCUCCUCAGCGCCCUCAACCAGAUUGAUAUCCAGGGCAUCGUGGACGAGAUCACACCGCUCAUCACGCCCGCCACCGUCGAGCAAGUGGUGCUGUUGCUUACCAACGCGGGAGACCUAUUGUCGACGACUUUUGUGUCGCAGACGCAAGAGCUGAUUGGUGACGCUACACCUCUCGUCGCGUCAGUGUCGGACUUUGCCAACGCCAUUUUGCAGGCGCUCAUGUCGCAAUGA